CGAUGAUUUUCCGCCAUACACGUGCAACUUAAAUUUCACGUUGUAAAUUAAAUACGAAGAAAUUUACUUAAAUUAGCCAUAGAAACUCAACGAAAAUGAAGGCCAAGGCGGAUAAAAACGUAACUAAUGGAGGAACAAUCAAGGCCGAGGUUAAAAGGGAACGCAAACGCCAAAAAAUCCUGAAAUUGGGAGAGGACGUGGAAGCGGGAAGACCGGCCAAGAUUCUAAAGGUGUCCAUGAAGGAGAAGCCAUCGGAGCCAGAAGAAAAGGAGAACACACCGAGCAAUAGUCACCUAAAGAUGUCUCAAAUCAACAAAGCCGUUUUCGUGAUCUUUAAAAAGAUCCAGGCCAGUCCCCUGAACCAGAAAAUGAUCAAUUCACUGGUGGUGCUGCUGCGGGACGAUACCAAUAUUGAACAGCGCACUGCCACCAGUUGCUAUGUGCUCAAACGCUUGGUCCGAUCUACGGGAGCAGAUGACCUUAAGGCAGUGACCCUGGCCGCUAGUUAUAUACACUGCAUUCUCAGCGCCGUGCCCGCUAUUGAUUCUUUGGAGGUUCUAGAAACUCUAAAGCGGGAUCUGGCAGUUAGCAGCCAGCAGAGGGGCAAGGAGGACUCGCUAGCCGCCGUAGGUCAGUUGAUUACAGCCUUUUGCAUCCUGCAGACACCACAGUUCGCCAAAGCCGAGGCCAAACUGGUGUCGGCAGUCUACCAGAUACUAGCGACCCAACUGAAGGGCAGGGAGUACCUGGUUUCCAUGUGUGCUGAUAUUUUAGCGGACUCUUUCAAGCAGCUGCCAGCUGCCAUCUUCGAGGAGUACGUGUGGCCCCUUCUGCAACCUCAACUAAAUAAGCCAUUGGGUGCCCUGAAGGUUUACACCUGCGAUCUGUUGCUUGCCGUUCAUCUUACAUAUCCCUCUAUUUUGGGACGGGAGCAGCUUAUUGCCAGUUUGUGGCCAAAAAAACCUGUAUUCGAACAGCUCUUUGAGCUCUAUAUUUCCGGUUCCACCAUUCACAACGACGGUGUCUACGCCAGAUUGGCUAUAUUCCUGACGAAUGGUGGGAAGGACACGCUUAUCGCCUGGCAGCAGUUCUGCGAUUCCAAACAUCCUCUUAAAAUCAAUGCAUCCAAGGCUUGUGUGGUCCAAGUACUGGCUCACAUAAUACUCAACGUCGAGCAAAGAGAAGAACAGUAUAUCUUAGAUAUUUUUACGACUUCAUGUGUGCAAUUCUUGCUGCAGGAAUUGUCACUGUCAAAGGGAGAUAUAGGUGAGGCCAAAAAACCCUCCCAAAAGGAGCUGCGUGAAAUCUGCUUUAAGCUUGAAGGAUCCUUGGUUUUGAGUUUCGAAAAGCAUUUGCAAAAUGAGGAAAUCAAGCUGCAGCUUCUGCUAAAAUUGCUGGACCACAGACUGCAGUUGGAUUCGGUGAUAAGUUUGCCACGUUUUACGCAGCAAUUGAUCAAUCAAUUAAGCGUCGAUAGCCUCCAAAAGCUCUACGAUUACUACAAAAAUCUACUGAGCUCUUUAGACGAAGAGGAUAGAGUGAAUCGAGUGCACUGUCUUAACCAGAUGCAAAUACUCCUGCAGCAUUCAAAGCUAGACCAGGAGAUUAAAUGGCGGCAGAAGCAGUUGCGUCACCUGCUGGUCGCUGGCCUCUUCUAUUUAGAUGCCGAUAAUAAGCCAUGUGAAGCCCCCAAAGCUAGCGCUUUCAGUCGCCAUUGUGCGGCGCGUUGUGAGGAAAUCUUUUUGGGGUCUCUGCUUCACAAGUGCUCUGGUCUGCCAGCUCUUUGUCAGUUGCUCCAAAAGACUUUGAGUUAUCUUAACAAGGAGCUGGGAAAACCAGAUGCGGAGAGCAAAUUGCGUUCACCAAGGAAUAAAGCCUUGCAAAAUGUAUGGAAAGAGGUGGAAAAGCUGCUAGCAAAUCCCAGUAAAGAAACUGAUUUCGUUGCGCAAACUUUUGAGGCUCUUAUCCUGUUUGUUUCUUUAUCUUUGUGCACAAAAAUUCCUCUAUCUGUAACUGUUUUGGAGGAUCUUGUUAUUUGCCGAAAAAAUGCUCUGGAGACGAGCACAAAGAAUGCCAACGAGGAACUAAAAUGGCAAGAUGUGCUUACAGAUGCUCUGUUGCAGUUGCUCUUACAAACGGGCCACUUCUGGCGUGAGUUUGUGAACCUGGUCGGCACUGCUUUGAUUCCCCACCUUGAGCAUGCUAACCUUGAGCAGAUUCUUGAAGUACUGAACAUGAGCAAAAAUCCCUUAAGCAAAAAAGACGAAGGCGAAGAGGACAGCGAUGACGAAAUAGAGGAGGAAGAAUCGCAGGAAGAUUCCACCGAUGAUUCAGACGGUGAGGAUUAUAGUGAGGAAGAUGUAGGCGAUGAGGAAUCUCAUUUAGCACAAAUUCGUGAGAGCGUACGUCUGGCUUUGGUCAACGAAGAUGACGCCGAAGAGGAUGGCGCUAGUAGCGUAGAUUGGAACGAUGUGGACGAGGAGCAGGGUGAGCGUUUGAAUGCUGCCCUAGAACGAUCUUUUCAGUUGUUCCGACCUAAGUCGCGCAAAGCUCAGGAGAAAGAACGACCCACCAAAUCGGAACGCAUAGAUAACACCAGACUGCUACACUUCCGCAUUCGCGCUUUAGAUUUACUCGAGCUGUUCAUAUCAAAGAAACCAGCUCAAUCGGUGAUCUUGGACGUGUUGUGUUGCGUUUUUCAGGUGUACCGUCACUGCAGCGGCGAUGCCAAACUGCAAUCUUUGCGAGAGGCCAGUUUGAAGUUACUCAAGAAACUGCUCGCUAAGAAUAUUGAAUUUGAAGCAAAGCCAGAUAAGACACCCAUUCUAGAGGCCAUUGAGCAGCUGAUGUCGUCUAGCGAGGAGAAGUCAGAGGAGGAUUAUGAGGAUAGCAAGCAAACCACAAACCGACAGGCAAAGGGAGAGGUCGCUAUUUGGCGGGAUAAAUGCUUCGCCUACCUGAUAUGCCAGGGUUCAGGAGCUAGGGAACCAAAGCACAGUGCCGUUUGGCCUAUGCUCGUCGAAUUCCUAGACCUGUGGGUGGCCAAUCGGCGUAGUCGCCUAUCGCUGGCUAGUUUCGAAGCUCUCUUCCAGUCGAGUCAAUGGCAAGGAAUUGCCCCGCUGGCCGUUGUCUUAGCCUCCCAUUUGGAUGUAAAGAAAACACGCAGUUUCCGGCGGGCACAGAUAUUAAAGCUUAUCAGUGAGCAAUUCAGACGACUCGAAACAGCUUUUAGAGAUCACAGCUCCUCUUCCAAGGAAUUUGAGACGCAACUAGCCAGAUAUGUGCAUCAACUAGAGACGGAGCCUUGCAGUCCAAAAGAGUUGAAGCUGCUGCAAAAGAUUUUGGCCCAAGGUGCACAGAAGCGCAAGAAGUUGCUAGAAAGUAUUCAAGUCGUGGCCAAGAAUUCUAAGUCGUCAAAUAUGGCAUCAAAGCAGCAGCAGCAGGUUACCGAGGACAAUAUGGAAGCGGAAGAUGAGAAGCAGGCAGCUAAGGGGAAACAACUGAAAACGAAAAAGGAAAAAGAAGUCGACAAAAAGACGAAAAAAUAAUUAAGUUUACUUCAUAAAUAGCCCUGCUUAAUAUUAGGUUAACAUUAAAUUGUUUGUUCUUAGAAAUUAUCUAAUUUUAAAUUCUAAAUUAGUAUUGAAGCCAAUAAACUAUAAAAAUAAAUAUUUUUAAGGGCCCAGCAAA